AUGGGCACCUCACAGCCCAUUAUGCUCAGUACGCGCUCAACGUCCGCUUGGCGCAAGUAUCGCGCCUGGAUAGGCCUCUCUGCUCUUUGUCUGCUUCUCGUCAGAAUCGCUGUGGGCAGAGCUCGCGACAGUAUCCAAGCAGAGCAAGCAGAUCAGAGCGACAUACAUAUUGCUCUGACGGUAGACUCGAGCUAUGUCAUUGGUUCUCUGGCGCUCAUCAAUAGCACUCUCUCGACGGCUUCCUUGGCCAAUCGCGCCAGAAUACAAUGGCAUAUCGUCUCGACAGAUCGCGAAUCCUCGAGACAGACAGAGACGCUCCUGCGGAAUAGGUUCCCGCGCAUCAGGCUAAAGCCAUACUCUCUCGAAGGUAUCUCGGCGCCAUCGACCAAAGUCUGGGCGGGCUACAGGAGCGAGAGCCUGAGCAAACCGAUCGUUUAUGCGAGGUACAUGUUUGGCGAGAUAUUCGAAGAUCUCGACAGAAUCAUCUACCUUGAUCAGGAUACGCUCGUCAUGAAGGAUAUCGUCUCGCUAUGGGAUAUGGACCUCGAGGGCAAGCCACUCGCUGCUGCUCGCCUCUGUCGCAGUGGCGCACUCUUUGAGAAUCAAUUCGCAAUGGACGAAGGAGUUUUGAGCAAAUUUGACGGACAAGAGUGCUCGCUCAAUAACGGCGUGCUCGUCUAUGACCUGACGCAAUGGCAUGAUGGCGGCUUCGCCAAAGAGCUCUUCGGAUGGAGCCAAGCCAACUCAGAAAACAAGCUAUACAGCCUCGGCUCUCAACCGCCAUUCAAUCUCGUGUUCUAUCGGAAUUACAAGAUACUCGAUAGCGCUUAUAACCUCAUGGAUAUCGCCGGACUCAGAGAAGCCGACCGGACGCCUUCCACUAUCUCCAGCAUUAGAGUCGCAAACGCAAAUAUACUACAUUGGAAUGGCGUCUUCAAGCCAUGGAUGUGCACUAUGUAUUAUUCAGAGCUCUGGCAGCAGUUUGUGCCAGACUAUACCUCCUUCGUCGGUCUCGAUGUUACUUCGCAAGAGUCAUACGCCCGCGUGUGCACAGAAGGCAUCUGGACUAGCGACGAGUCAUUAUCCCAUCACGAAGAGCAGUUCACUGUCGUCAUUGUGUCUCACGCCCGCGAAGACAAUCUCAUGCGAAUCGCCCAUCAUUUGCGAAAGAGUAAUCUCAUCCGCGACAUCAUCAUCGCCUGGAACAACCAGGACCAUCCGUGCCCAGCUUCUUUACAGCAUCUAGCGACAUGUGUGCAGCAAGAGUCGAAUUUAGUUCACAAUCGAUUCAGAGUAUGGCAACACGUCGCGACAGAUGCGGUGUUGCAUUACGACGAUGACCUCAUCAUUCCCCUGGCCGAUCUAGAAGCUGGCUUCAGGAUCUGGCGGCGGCAUCGAGACCAGCUGCUCGGCUUCGAACCUCGCGUGAUAGACUGCGCGGAUCCCAAUGAUAUGGAAACAUGUCACUACCGCUUCCAGAUGCGACAAGCUCACUUUGACCUGGUCAUCGGCAAAGCCUUCUUCACGCAUGUGCGAUACAUGGAAGAUUAUAGCUCGAGCAAUGUCCUGAUGGACUUUACGAACAAAACGCCCUGCGAGGAUCUGGCGAUGAAUUUCCUUGCGGGCAGUUUGUCGCACAAGCCGCCGCUAUGGAUGAAAUCCAAUAUCACCGAGAUCACUUCGACCAUGUUCGCCGGACUAUCUCAGGGCAUCAGCUCCACAAUCUGGCGUGAUGCGCGGCACGACUGCAUCAGGCAGCUACACUCAAUCUUCGGAAAGCGUACCGUCUGGCCGCAACGGUCGAAGUUCCAGCGACAUCCUACUCUGCCAGAUCGCAUAUUGAAAUUGCCGAUACCGCCUGGCGACUCCUGGUGUUCCGAUAAGGACGGUGCGCGGUACUGUCGACAACCAUAG